AUGUCAUUUACAAAUUAUCGAAAUCCAAAUGCAAAUCGAUCAAGUAAUACAAAUGAUGAAAAUUCAAAAGAUCUGAAAUCAAAUAUUCGUGAAAGUCGUUGGAUUCAACCUGAACAAUGGCAAUCACCUGAAGUUCAAGAAAAAUUUGAUAAAGGAGCUAUAGAUUUUCCUUCAGUACAUGGAAUGCUUCAACAAUUAGGUAUUAAAGUUCAAAAAUUUGAAUUAAAUAAAAUUCUUGAACAACAUGAUCGAAAUAAAGAUGGUCAUAUGAAUAAAGAAGAAUUUGAAGAACUUUAUUUAAAACUACGUGCGGAGAAAGAUCCAGGUAGUACGUGGGGACGUUCUGUUAAACCAACUGGUGGUGUUGAUCGAUUUGUUACUAUACGACGAGAUUCAACUGAUGAUUUAGAUUCAACAUCAUCUGCUGUUGAACAAAAACAAGAAGCAUCUGGGCCAUAUCAUAGUGUGUUAAUUGAAGAACGUGAAUGGAGUGCCAACUGGAUAAAUCAACUACUUGCUGAUGAUGUUCAUUUAAAUUUACGUGCUAAUCCUAUCGAUACAAAAGAUUCACAAGCACUUUAUAAACGAUGUCAAGAUGGUAUCUUACUUUGUAAAUUGAUCAAUAUUGCUGUACCUAAAACAAUUGAUGAACGUGCGAUUAAUUUAAAUUUAUCUAAACAAGAUAUAUUUCGACAAAGUGAAAAUUUAGAACUUGCUAUUAAUUCUGCACGUGGUAUUGGUUGUAAAGUAGUUAAUAUUCAUCCUGAAAAUAUUUCUAAAGCUGUCCCACAUCUUGUUAUGGGUCUACUUUGGCAAAUUAUUCGAGUUCAAUUAACAAAUGAAAUUAAUUUAAAACAUGUUCCUGGUCUUAUAUUACUCUUACGUGAUGGUGAAACAGCUGAAGAUCUAUUAAAAUUAUCACCUGAAGAAUUAUUAUUACGAUGGUUUAAUUAUCAACUACAACGAACACAAUAUAGUGGCAAACAAGUAUCAAAUUUUAGUAAUGAUAUUAAAGUAAAUUUAUUUCAAAAUUUUGUUCAAGGCAA